AUGCCGGCGGCGCAGCCCAGGCCGUCAACAGCGGCUGCUGAGGGCGCAGGCACGGUUGCGAGAUGUCUGGCGACAGGUGACAGGGUGGAUGCGAUAUUGGACAGCGGAAGCGGAACUUCGCGGACGUUUAACUCUCUGACCAUCGGGACACGGGGGAGAACGGACAUACCCUUGCGGCUAUUCGACGACAUGGGCGAGCUCCACGGCCAUCUGCAACUUCAAUGUGUGGUUACUCUCGGGAUCAGGAAACAAUACACUGACGAGGCGAAGGAGCUAGCGGCGCUAAGCAAGAAGAUAAGUGUGGACAACGGUUGGACGACGGCGGACAGGGUGAAGAUCACAAUCAAGCGACUGCAGCGCGGCCAGACAUUCAACAGACGAGGGCAAGUCCACUUUCGUACACACGCGAAAAACGUGUCACGACCGGACAUCAACGAGACCUUGGCAGAGUACCGAGUACUGCAACGGGCAGUGGGCGUGGAGGUAUCCAUUCUCCAGCUGAUGACAUGGUAUAUCCAACCUGGACUCGGUAUGCCGUCACCGACAUGUGUAACCCCGAGCGGGGGUUGGCCAAUGUGUCCAAUGCGGGCCGAUGCGUACAUGAUAGCCCUCAUGACACCUGAGCUGUUCCCUCGCAAGCACUGCUACUCCUUGUUCUUCUCGGGGGGGGCAGGAGAGUUCGAAGGCAUGACCCAUGAUCAGGCGAAGGAGUGCUCGCACAAGCGCAUGUUGCUGGAAGGACGGCUGGACCAAGCUCGCGCAAAGGCUGCGCUCGAAAAGGUCGCAGCGAGGCUGUCCACAGGUGCAGUGCCCGGUCUUUGCCAAGACUCGAGCGACUCGGAAGGGGAACAGGCGGUGGAGCAGAGCAGGCGGCCGGACCAACCGGCCCGACACUAG